AUGCUUCGUCUGCCUUCCUUAUUAUCCCUUUUCCUCAUAAUUGUGAGUUGAGCAACAAUCACAGUUCUUUUCCGUACUCACGAAUAUUCAGGAUUGUACCACUGACGUCUUCAUAUUUUGGGGGUACCCAACUGACGGAACAGAUGGAUGUGUGAACACGACUUCCUCUUCAUUCGACGCUUGUGUAACCACUUGUACGAACUCUACAACGUGCAUGGUACGUAGACUUUGCACUAUGGUCAUUCUGAUUUGAGAUUCAGCUGGCUUACGGAAAUGACAACUCUUGUAUGUUGUGUGACAUGUUUUUGGUGAACACGGUAGCUCAAUCGGACAAGGCGAACGGAGUAAAGACAGCGAUAAAAGUGGAUGCUCCGACUGACGGAUGCCCGUCUGAUAUGGAGUCGGAAGAGUACACAAGAACUGUGGGUACUCAGUUGAAUGCAUAAGGUAUAUUUAACAUCUCAGGAGACGAACGAUGAAUACAAUGUGACCUACUACAACGGUGUUUGGACGAUAUCUUACGGUGAGCGCUUGUGAAAACAAGAUAAAAGAUUCAUUUUCAGAGAACAAGACAUGUCUUGAUGACACGUGGACAAAGUUCUACCGUCCUCUCGGGCAAUGGUGCGUCAAGAUGUUUGGAGAAAGUACCACAAUAACCAGAGACUCUGCUUCUACCAAUUGCUCUGGGAUAGGAGCAGCGAUGUCCGGUAUUCAGACCGCAGAAGAAGCUGCCUUCAUGAUCGGUCAGAUCUAGAUAUUGCUCAUGAGAAAUAAAAAAUUUUCCAGCCAGCUCGAAGAGCUUGAGUGGCACGAUGACAACGUAUGAGUACACGGGUUUCUGGAUGGACGGAGUCCGUCUGGGCACCUGCAACUUCUCUGGUGCAGAGGACACAACUGCAUGCGCCGGACUGUUGGCUUUCGCGUUCACCGAUACGUACCUUUCUUCGUUCAGUCAGUACACUUUUGUGUCGGGUCAACCAGACAGUGUCGUCGACCGAGGAACCCGUCACAACUGUCUCUCAUUGCUGGUUGGACAGAGCGAGACAACGACGGAGGGAUACACUACCAACAACGUGUAG